AGUCGAGAGAGAAAAUGACUCGUCACUCCAGGAAUUGCACGGCUGGAACAGUUUACUCAUAUCAUGAACGACAGAAGGACACAAACCAAUCAGGAUACGGGUCAAAGAAAUCGAGACUGGGAAAAGACUCCAUAAAGGAUUUUGACUGCUGUAACCUGACAUUACAGCCCUGCAGAAACCCAGUUGUCACACAAGAUGGAUAUUUGUAUGACAAGGAAUCUAUUCUGGAGUACAUAUUGAAAAAGAAAAAGGAAAUUGCUCGGAAACAGAAAGAAUAUGAAAAACAGAAAAACAGAGAAAAGGAAGAACUUGCAGAAUUAGCCAAAGCUGAAAGUGAAGCACAAAAGCAGGAAUUCAUGUCAGCAAAUUCUCAAGCUCCAAUCACUAAACAAACAGGUGAUAAACCAUCAACUUCAAGUGUCAGCAAUAUGCAGGAGGGGAAAAACAAAGUUCUCCCGAGUUUCUGGAUUCCCUCCAUGACACCAGCAGCAAAUGCCACAAAGAUGGACAAACCUGAUGAAAAAGUGAGAUGUCCCAUGAGUGGAAAACCAAUCAAAUUAAAAGACCUUUUCCCAGUUCACUUUACUCCAAUCAAAGAUCGGGAUGAGAAGACAGCUUUGAUUUCAAAACAGGCCAGAUAUGUUUGUGCAGUUACCAACGAUGUCUUGGGAAACUCUGUGCCAUGUGCUGUGUUAAAAACAUCGGGAAGUGUGGUCACCCUUGAUUGCGUGGAGAAGCUUCUAAAGAAAGAUAUGCUGGAUCCAAUCAACAACAAAUCAAUGAAGGAAUCCGACAUCAUACCACUCAAGGGAGCAUCUGGAUUUUCUGGAUCAGGACAUCAGCUGGAGGUCAAGAAGGAUGGAGCAGCCAUUAUGGCUUAGUUUGGUUAGAGGAAGCGAUGGCAUUAUAAAGUAUACCAACUGUAUAACAAACUGUUCAGAAAUAAUACUGUUUCAAAUUAAUUUUGGAUCUUCAGACUAAAAACAUAUCACAGGCAUCUACACUUUAUGUAAUAUGUUUUUCUUUGA